GUCACUUCCUGUUUUCAGCCACCAUUUUGGAAAAUAAAUAGUGUCGAUCUUUGUUUAGCUGCGUCAGUGUGCGUACGGACAAAUACUCGACAGUCUAUCGUCUCUGCCUUUGCUCGAAAGAAAAAUCUGAAAUCAAACAAUGUCGCAAGUACGCCAAAACUAUCACGAAGACUGCGAGGCAGGCAUAAACCGCCAGAUAAACAUGGAACUGUAUGCCAGCUACGUUUACCAGUCUAUGGCAUUCCACUUUGACCGAGACGAUGUUGCUCUGAAAGGUUUCCACAAAUUCUUUAAAAAGCAAUCUGAAGAGGAACGUGAACAUGCAGAGAAAUUUAUGCAGUUCCAGAAUCAGAGAGGUGGUCGUAUUGUGUUGCAGAAUGUCCAGAAGCCUGAGAGAGACGAGUGGGGAUCUGGUCUUGAUGCUAUGCAAGCCGCUCAUGCCCUGGAAAAAAAUGUCAACCAGGCCCUUAUUGACCUGCAUGGGGUAGCUGAUACUCACAAUGAUGCACAUAUGGCAGAUUUUAUAGAGGAGGAGUUUCUCAAGGAACAGGUGGAGUCCAUUAAACAGAUCUCUGACUAUAUAACCACUCUGAAACGAGUGGGCCCUGGACUUGGGGAGUACAUGUUCGACAAGGAAACUCUGGAUGCCUGACCUGACGUAAAACAAAUCUGUUGCAUCACAUACUCAGACCUCAAAGUUUUAUGUUGAAAUCCGCCAAGUUUCUCAUUAUUUCACAAAGCGAAAGUAUUUUCAAAGUUGCUGUAGAUGAAUUGGUACUAAAAUUAGGUUGAUUGUGACACAAGAUCUUGACCAUGUUGACUUCUUUGUGUUAGUAAAUUUUGUAGUUCAAUUGUAUUUGUGUAUUCUCUUGUGAAUGUGUAAUGUUCUGCUAUCAGAAGAGGUUGAAUGAGUGACAGCAAUCAGAACUAUUGUAUACCUUCUUGUUCAAAUUAUUUUCAUGUCAUGUUGAGAAUUUAUAAUCAUGACAAAACAUUGACAGUAUUUUAUAUUUUCAAGUGCAUUGUUUUUGGGGAGGUAUUCAUCAUUUUGAUAAUAUAUUUCAAACAUGUUGCAUAACUUAAUAAAAAAAAAUGUUGCACAGAAAUGUUGCACUUCUGAAAUAAAGAAGUCAACAUCUAUUUGAAUGCCAGUUUCCAUUACAUAUACAACCCA